AUUGCAGUGGCGGGGCUGUAAUUGCUGCUUUGGGAUAUUUACCCUGCUCAAAUGACACUACAUAUUUUACUUUCAAACGCAUGUCAAAAAGUCAAUCCCAAAAAGACCAGUUAAGAGCAAGCUGUUAACAUAUUAAGUAUAUGGGAUUUGAAACCUCUAAAACCCACUCAACAAUAAUUCCCUUCUUCAGCACCAAUCAAGAGGAAAUUUGCCUAGAUUGAAUUAAAUGUAAAUUGCUCUGAAGGAGGAAACUCUCCUCUGGCGGGCACAAAAUAUGCGAGAGACACCGACACGGCGGAGAAGCCGGGGGACACGGGUCCGGCCCCCUUCCCACCUCCCCCUCCCCCUCCCCCCCCGGUCCCCGCUGCCUCCUUCCUUUCCCCCCAGGUCGGUGACACCGGCCGAGCCGGGGCUGGCGGUGCCAGUGCGGGAAGCAGCAGAAAUAAGUAGCGAUUGUCCCGAGUCAUUGGUGCGCCAAAGUAAACUGUGAUGGGCUGGCAUGAGUCCACUGGACUGAGAAGGCUGGUUCCGCCGGCGGAGACUGUGGUGAUGGUGGCGGCGAUGAUGGUUGUCUCCCUCCUCGCAGAUCAGUAACAAGAAAAGAGGCAGAGAAAGUGAGAGAGGGGAGAGGAGGGAAAAAAAAAAAAAGAAAAGAAAAAAAAAAAAAAAAAAAAGAGGCGUCUACCAGAGCGGCACAAACCGAGCGAACAAAUGCAAUUCAGCCAUGGACAAUAGUGGCCAUCACACGGCGACCAAAAUCCUAGCGACUCCUCCAGCCAGAGAAAGCCUGUCUGCCAGGAACAACAUGAUCAGCACGCCCAAGCCCCUCGCCUUCUCCAUAGAGCGCAUCAUGGCGCGGACUCCAGAGCCCCGCUCCAUCCCCGUCCCGCAGCUCCUCCAUGGCUCCGUGGCCAAAGGCGACCCCAAGCACCCGCUGCAUCUGAACUCUUCCAUUCCCUGCAUGAUCCCGUUUGUCCCGGUGGCAUACGACACCCUGCCCAAAGCGGCGGUGGCCGGAGUGGAACCCAGGAAGGCUCACUUAGACUCCUCUUCCUCACCCUCCUUUAGCUGCGGCGAUCUCUUGAACUGUGCCCUGAGCUUGAAAGGAGAUUUCCCCCGCGAUGCCCUGCCCUUGCAGCAGUACAAACUGGUAAGACCCCGAGUGGUCAAUCACUCCUCCUUCCACGCCAUGGGAGCCCUGUGCUACUUCAACCGAGGCGACAGCCCCUGUCACCCGUCCUCCAGUGUCAACAUCCACCCAGUGGCUUCUUAUUUCCUCAGCUCUCCCUUGCACCCGCAGUCCAAGGCUUACCUGGCGGAGCGGAACAAGUUGGUGCUGCCGACCGUGGACAAGUACCCGGCGGGGGUGGCCUUCAAGGAUUUAUCGCAGGUUCAGUUGCAGCACUACAUGAAAGAAAGUGCUCAGAUCCUCUCAGAAAAAAUCGCCUAUAAGACCUCGGAGAUCAGUCGAGGCUCCCCGAGCAGCAAGCCCAAAGUUUUCACGUGUGAAGUUUGUGGAAAGGUGUUUAAUGCACAUUAUAACUUAACGCGCCAUAUGCCAGUGCACACGGGAGCCAGACCCUUUGUUUGCAAAGUUUGCGGGAAAGGUUUUAGACAGGCGAGCACGCUCUGCCGGCACAAGAUCAUCCACACCCAGGAAAAGCCACACAAGUGCAAUCAGUGCGGCAAAGCCUUUAACAGGAGCUCGACCCUGAACACGCACACUCGAAUACACGCCGGCUACAAACCAUUUGUCUGUGAAUUUUGUGGCAAAGGAUUUCAUCAGAAAGGCAAUUACAAAAACCACAAGCUGACUCACAGCGGAGAGAAGCAGUUCAAGUGCAAUAUCUGCAACAAGGCUUUCCACCAGGUGUACAAUCUGACCUUCCACAUGCACACCCACAACGACAAGAAGCCCUUCACCUGCCCCACCUGUGGCAAAGGCUUCUGCAGGAACUUUGACCUCAAGAAGCAUGUCCGCAAGCUGCACGACAGCGCCCUGGGACUGCCCCGACCCCCCGCUGAGCUGGGGGGGCCCGACCCACCGCCCCCGCCCGGACCGCUGCUGCAGGGCCCGCCGCCGCUCCAGCCCUGAGGGGUGGCCGCCCGUGCGAGCCCCCACUGCCUCUUUGCAUGCACCUGUUAAGCGGUUUUUGUGUAUUAUGCUCUAUAUUACCACUAACGUUUAUGGGACUGAUUGGUUUUCUUAAUUAUUUUUUCGUUUGUUCUUUAAAGAUGCAUUUUUUUUUGUUGUUGUCGUUGCAUCUCAGGUGGAGAGAUGGGUAAAAAAAAAAAAAAAAAGAAAAAGAAAAAAAAAAAGAAAAAGCGCCAAGCCAAUUUCUGCUGUAUUUAUUUGGGAUCUGUAUUACCCGAGCCGGGAAUGCUGCACCACUUUAAUUAUUUCGAUGUAUAUAUAUUCCCACUGUGUUGAUCCUGCCUUGUCUCCACUGCCUGCUGGUUAUCCCACCCUUCUUAGUUUCCUCCUCUCCCUCUUCCCCCGAAUAUAGUAUCUAUAUGGACAGAUAUGUU